AUAGUAUUGUAGGUUUAAUAAUGCCGUUUAUUGUAUUACAGCGAUUAUUAAUUUCAUAGUUUAAAUUUUUAGUAUGAUUUCUAAUGGAAAAAAAAUAGUUUCCAAAGAAAUUUCUCACGAUAAUGGUACUGUUCGUUUUGAAAUUAAACAGCGUUAUAAUUAUGGCGAUUCACGGUUAUUUUCUAGAAAACUGACUCAGGGUAGCGCGAACUCGAACAGUUUUUAUGAAAACAGAAGUGGUAAAACAGUUAACUAUGAAAAAGAUUGGGAAGCUAUUACAUAUACAGCUAGCAUUGAACAUCUAGAAAAUAUCAUAUAUGAUUCAGACUUUGGCAGAAUGAACAGGUCAAAUUGUUCAACACAAAUGACUAAAUAUCCUCAGACGUCGAGUGUAAUGAAAAAAGAAAAAGACAGAAUUAAUUCUAAUAUGAAUUUUCAGUCGGAUUUAAUAAAUGGCUUUUUUGGUUCAAGUUCAUUAAAUGAGGAGAAAUCGUGUAAAAACGAAUUCGUGGAUCACACUUCCUGCCAUAAACAAACAAUAGAUGAACAUGUUCAUAUUUUCACUAAAGCUAGUGGCAAAUGUACGAAAGGAAAACAGAAGUCUUUAGUAAAAAGCUCUGAUAAAACUUCAAUGUUAAAAGCAUCGAAAAAUAUUUCAGGAGAUGAUAAUAGAAUUGCCGAAAAUUUCGUUACUUCGAAUGAAAAUCCUCGAGAGACACUCGAAAAUGAUCAAUUAAGACUUCUGAAGAGGCAAUUACAAGAAUAUUUAGUUAAUAUCAAAACAGAAGUGUUUAAAGGAUGUAAGAAAGAUGAACACGACAGUAUAAAUAAAAUGUUUUCGUUCAUGGAAAAUAACGAAUUGAUUCGCCAGCGGUUGGAUCAGACCGUAAAGGAUAUUUUAAUUAAUUUACUUCGUACUCAAAAAUACGAAAUAGAAUGUUUUCACAAUGAAAAAGAAAGUAAAUUGACUGAAGAAUCUAGUUUAAAUCCAAAUAAAUCGGAUACAAAUCGUAAUAUAUAUUUUGAGUUAAAAGAUAGUAUCCUAAGAGAUGAUUUCAGACAAUAUAUGGAUGAUCGAUUCAUUUCUCAUUGUACAAAUAAACAAAUAUCUAAAAUUGAAAAACUACAUCAUUUAUCAGAUUUGAAUCCAUUAAGAGUCAAAAACACUUUCGAAAAUAUCGUCGAAAAGAUAGAAAACUUUGUAAACGUAGGCAAAGUAGAGAAAAAAUCGAAAGAAAUGGUUUCUAAUUUCAAAGAAAGUUUCGGUCAGAUCGAUCUUGGCAGUUCAGUACAAGAAAGGACAAAUAAUUCGAUACUGAAUAAUCAAUCAACAAACGAUGAUUAUACAAUAGAGAAAAUUGAAAUCCCAUUGGAUAGUUUCUGCGUAGAAAAUGGCAUUGUCGAAAUAAAAAAACAACCCGAAAAUCAUGCUUCUGUGUAUGUAAAACUUCCGUCAUAUUGUAAAGAAGUAGCCAGGAUUCAAAUGAAUCGACUUAAAUAAUCAUUCAAUAAAACGAAAUUAAGAAACGAUGGACUAUUUAUAAAUAAGAAUUUUUCGUUUUUGGCGCACCAAUGGAAUGAAGAAAUUGAUUAUUCAGUUUAUUUAUCAAAUAAAUAUAACGAUAUUUAAAAAUAAGAAUAAUUCUCUUAGAAUGAACACUGCAGUUAAACAAACAACUUGAAAUUUUCAAAAAAAAAAUUUUAUAUGAUUCGUUAAAUGUUAAAAAAAUUCAUUUCAAUUGAAUUUCUUUAUGGUCUUCCGAAUUAAAUAAUAAAAAUGUAAAAUCAGUAAGAAUUACAGCAGGACGACGCAAUGCAGAAAACACCAUUGAUUUUAUAAUAUACCAAUUUUAUUUUAUUUUCAUUUUUGUUUGCAAGGUACAGUACAAGCACAUUAUGAACAUUACCAUCAUCGGUAGGCAACACUUGCGAUGGUCGAUCAGUUUGAAGGAGGAAUGCAAAUUAUUGAGGGUUCAGAUUAUAUUCGAAUUCGGAUCCCACGUGGUGAGGGAUGAUUAUUUUAUCAUAGCCAUUCUUCUGAUAAAUUAACACUCACUAACAAAAAUUUACGCACCCGAAUGUCCGAUUACUGCAAAACUGCAUACUGUCCUGUCGAUAGUUUAAUAUUGAAUAUACUGUAUGUAUGCAGACUUACAGGCUGACCAGCUACCCAGUACUCAAUAGCCAAACCCUUCUACACAAAUUAAUAAAUUCUAUUAUAGACGUACGUAAGGACUUAAGACCUUAAAUUCAGAUUGAAUGUGUCAGUGGUUAGGCUCACAUUAUUUGCAAACAUCAUUUCUGUUUCAGCAUUCGUGUUUGAAGUUAGAAGAGAUAUAAGGGUCUUGAUAUGGGGUGGUCUGUAUCAUUUGUUACCUUCUUCGUUCUAUAACAUGUUCUUGAAGACUGAUGAAAUUUAGAAAAACCGAGAAAUACUGAAGUUGGCAUUUUCAUGAGGGUUUAGUAAAAUCUUGAAAUGCAAUUGAUGUUGCGCUGACACUUGAACCAGGCCUAAUUGCUAAUGAUGAUUUCAGUUCAUACACGUACUUCUUUGAUUUGAGUCGUUCGAUCUCAACUUAGAGAGUUUCGAUUGAUGUUUUCGUUUAAUUGAUCUCAUAAGUUACUGGUGUUUCCUUCUAUAAUUAAAGGAUGUUUAUUAAGCUUAAUAUAAGUUGUAAUUUAGAGGAAGGGAAUGACAAUUAGCAAUUCAACCUUCCUGGUGUAGAAAACGAUUUUGAACAGAUCUUACGCGAAGAUCUUUUUUUAGAUUCCAAAGACAUCAUGUAUUAGAAUCGAAACCACACUAAUCAUAAAUCUAGAUUAUUAGUUUAUUGGAUCUAUACAUCAAAUUUUACAUUUUCAAUAAGAAUUAAAGUAGCGACAUUAGAAGAUAUGUAUUUAGUGUGCAGGACGUGUCGUUUAUCGGGAGGAUCACAGAGAGAGAGAGAGAAUUUUUGGCAGUUAGGGGUUGUCCAUAAAUUACGUCCACAUUUUUCUUGAAAUUUUUACUCCCCUUCCCCUCUUGUCCCAGUUUGUCCAUGUUUCCGUAACCCCUUCUCUCUUCGGACGUCCAACAAAACUCGACUCCCUUUAAAACCUUUAUCACUUUACGAAUGACAGAUAAAGUAGAAAUUAAGCAUACAAGAAUUUGUGAAAUAAAUGUAAUAAAAUGCAUAAACUGUGUAUAAUUUAAUGAAAUAAACUGGACGUCCACUGAAGAUCAACCCCUUCUUCCCCUUUAGUGAGGAAGUCAUUUACGGACAGUCCCGUAGAUACUAUUUCCAUGUGUAGCUCAUUUUAUGUUAUUUUCGCAUACAGAUCCAAUAAACAAUAGUGUUUGAAUCAGUUGCUUGGAGAGAGAGCACAACUCAUUAGUUCGUUAUAAAUUCCAAGCAUCAUACUUAAUUGUACUCAAUAUUUCUUAUCAUUGAUGUCUGCAGAUCUGGCAGAGGCAAAUGGAGCACUUUCCCCUUACUGGAAUCGAGUGAACUAUUUCCCAAAUUACAAUGGUAAAAAUUGAUGAAAUAUGUAACCUUACUUAAUCCUCGAACUUGGGACAUUUUAAUGUAAUACUGUAUUUUAUAGUCUACCAGUGGCGUGCCGUCAUUGGAAGCGGUGGAAGCGCCGCUUCCCUUGUAUUUUCUAAAAAAUAAAUAGGGGAAGGUGAUGCAAGAUGGGGCCAUGGGUAAGACGGGGACGUCUGUUUAUUCGUGGUUAACGCGCUUUCAUCUAGCUGUUAUUUAGGGAACUAAAUAUCAACCUCAAAAGGAAUCAUGGGACGAGAGAACGUCCGAAUCGCUCUCUUCGUUUGGAAGUAAAAACGUUUUCCAUAUUUCAGCAAUACUUCAUUUAAUUUUACGCC